CUAAACAUCUCGGAAACUACUAAUUUGCGAAGUAGACCUUGUGUAGUCGUGCCAUCAUUUUUAAUGCUUAACACGAUGGAAAAUAAAAGGCGGUUUCUUUUAGAAAGAUGUAUGAUUUCAGGCAUUACGACGGAAUACCUAUCAAGAUAGUCUGUACGAGAUAGCGACGUAUUAUUUCGAUGGACACGGGAAGGCAGUUAGACCAAUGGUCACUAUAUUAAUGGCCAGAGCUAUCAAUUAUCAUAUAUGCAAAGAAAAUGGUGGUCUUAUGAAAUCCCAAAGAGAGGUGGCGAUGAUUUCGGAAAUGAUCCACACCGCGUCGCUGGUGCACGAUGACGUCAUAGACCAGUCAGACUUCAGGAGAGGAAAACCCAGUGUCCAACGUCAAGUGGAACCAUAAAAAGGUUACGAUGGCGGGUGAUUUCAUCCUAGCAGUAGCUUCCAUGAUGAUUUCUAGAAUAAGAAAUAACGAUGUUACCUUAGUACUAAGUCAGGUAGUAACGGAUCUAGUCCAAGGCGAGUUCAUGCAAUUAGGAGCCAAGGAGACGGAAAACGAACGAUUUGCUCACUAUCUCACCAAAACAUAUAGGAAAACGGCCUCGCUGAAAGCCAAUUCUCUCAAAGCGGUUUCCGUGCUAGCAGGUGCCGACGAGAAAAUCACAGACAUAGCGUACCAGUAUGGACGGAACCUAGGGUUGGCUUUCCAACUGGUGGACGACCUGUUGGACUUCGUUUCUUCGUCUGAUACAAUGGGCAAACCAACUGCAGCGGAUUUGAAACUGGGACUUGCGACGGCACCAGUGCUGUUCGCCUGCGAAAAGUACCCAGAGCUAAACCCGAUGAUAAUGCGCCGUUUUCAAGAACCGGGCGACGUGGAACGCGCCUUUCAGCUGGUCCACAAAUCCAACGGGCUGCAGCAAACGCAGUUUUUGGCCAAACAACACUGCCAGGAGGCCGUACGAUUGGCGAACAUGCUCGAGGAGAGCCCAUUCCAAAAAGGCCUCAUUGUCACUGCGGACCUUGUUUUGAACAGGAUGAAAUGAGGUGCUAUCUUUAACGGAAUACUCAAUAUCAGAGUCGGUUGGGCAGUUAAUAAGGGGGUUUUUGUGGGUAUUUUUGAGGCUUCCGUGAGUCCAAGAGGUGUUUCAUGUGUGUGAAUGUGUGCCCGAUUUGUAACUUGAGGAUAUUGUUGGUUCUAGCAGUUUAGAACUAAAAAGGUAACAUGUGAAGAGAAGGGAUGUUUGACCAACAUUUCUUGUUUCCAUUUAUAUUUGUCGCUUAUAUAAUUUAAAACUCUUGUUGUACGAUAUUAUGGAAGAUUAUAUUGUUGCAAUAUAUUGAAUUUUUACCAUAUUUAUAUAUUUCUUUGACAUACCAUACAAUACACUUUAAAAUAUAUGAGUGUUGAAGAUAUGUAGUUUUAUUAUUUAUUUUAAAUGAAUUGUAUGUAUAUAAAUAUUUUAGGUUUGAAUAUUUGUAUAGGUGGGUGUACUGCGGUAAAAUUAUUAAAUUGUAUAAAGCAAAGAUAUUGAAAUAAUUUAUCGUUAAUGCUAAUAACGCAAAAAGGUGUGUCUUAAAAAAAUGUAAAGUUUAAUCAAGGAGGAACAAUUUUAUGUAUCCUUUAAAAUAAUUCUGUAAAAAAGUUAUGUUUACAAUAGGCCACUCGGAGUCGUAGCUGUUUUGUCUUUAUUAUGGCAUGUCGGUGUGGCACUGUACAAUCAGAGAUUUGCAAAUUAUUGUCGCACCACACCAUUUGCUUUUAACGGGCUACUGUCUAAGAUAUAGCCAUUUUUGUACGUAUUGUAAUGCAUACUAUUUGUAAUGAAUGUAAUGUAUAUUUCUGAAAAUAUUCUAUCAAAGUUGUAUAUAAUACACGCAUAGUGUUUAUAGAUGUAUUUUUAUAAUUGUUGUGUUAAAUAAAUGAAAUUGAAGGUA